AUGGAUACACUUCGCGAUGCUUGGAGGUCCAAGAACCUUGUUUAUCGAGCCGUCGAAGACAACGACGAAGACCUCGCUUUUAUGAUCAGCCUUCGCUCUGACCCUGUCUACUUGGGGCUAUCCUCAAAGGCAAUUAUUCGGCCUCAAACAGCCAAGUCAGUUAGAGAAUAUAUGCGGGUUUUCCCUACCAAUAUCCUUGGGGCGAUCAUUUGUCUACCGACAGCGGAACAAUCCAAUAUCGAAUCCUCCGACCACCAACCAUCGCAAGCAUCAUCCAGCAAAGGUACCCCUAUAGGCUUUGUAGCCUUGUUUGAUCUGCAUCCCGAAGCGCUCGGCAUUCAUCGCGAUGCGUUUCUAGCUAUCUCGCUGGCCGAACCCUACCGCAACAAAGGCCACGGCACCGAGGCGAUGAAUUUUGCCCUGGAUUUCGCCUUCCGACGCGCGAAUCUGCAUCGGGUUGCGCUGGAGGCGUUUUCCUUUAACAAGAGAGCGUUGAGGGUCUACCAGAAAGUGGGGUUUGUGGUGGAGGGACGCAUGAGGGAGAAUCACUUUUUGGAUCGCUUGUUAUGGGGAUUCUGA